AUGUAUGUGAAAUGGUUUGAUACAGUAAUGUUUUACUAUGUGAUUUUAGUGAUUUUUGUGAAUGUCACUUUUUGUAAUUUUCAAGUUUCCCGCCGUUCCGUCCCCUGUACGUCCCGACGCUCGCAGAGGACGGAACCCAGAUGACAGAUGCCGGGAUCCGCCGGAUUUCAUUGCCGGGAACACUGCAGCAGAGACAAGGUAAGUGAUCGAGUGAUCGUGGAGCAGCGCCGCAUGGUAAGCCCGAGUGUAGCUUGGGGUUACUGCUUGUGCUACACUCGGGAAUACCUCCAGGGAGGU